UUAAAGAUAUCAUGUGCCAGGAGUGUUCCCCUUACGCUGCACACUUGUUUGAUGCUGAAGAUCCCUACACUCCAGUGCGCCACAUACCAGGACUGUGCUCCGCCUACUGUUUAGAAUUCCACAGCAAGUGUCACUUUGUGGUCAAGUACCUAACCAACAGCCGGACCCUGCUGGAGGCAUGUGAGAAAGAUGGCUUGCAUUUCUGUAACAUCAUUGAUCUCCCCGACCAGGACUACUGCUUCCCCAAUGUCCUGAGGAACAAUGACCUGUACAGCAACUUAGGGAAGGUGGAGGACCCUAAAGGAUGUCUACAGUUGUGUUUAAUGGAAGUGGCCAAUGGGCUGAGGAACCCCGUGCUGAUGGUCCACAGUGGUGACGACACCCACCGCAUGUUUGUCGCGGAGCAGGUAGGCUUUGUGUGGGUUUAUCUGAGAGAUGGAAGCCGCAUAGAAAAGCCCUUCCUGGACAUGAGUGGAGAGGUGCUGACCACGCAGUGGCUGGGAGAUGAACGAGGUUUCCUGGGCCUAGCCUUCCACCCCAAGUACAAAUACAAUGGUCGCUUUUUCAUCUACUACUCCAUUCUGGUCAACGGCAUGCUUGAGAAAGUUCGCAUUAGUGAGAUGAAGGUUUCAGCUCAUGAUAUGAACUUGGCAGAUCCCCACUCUGAGAGAAUUCUUCUCGAGAUUGAUGAGCCUGCAGCAAACCAUAAUGGUGGACAGAUUUUGUUUGGUCUAGAUGGAUACUUGUACAUCUUCACAGGGGAUGGUGGAAAAGCAGGAGACCCUUUUGGAAAGUUCGGAAAUUCCCAAAACAGAUCAGCCUUGUUGGGAAAAGCGCUUCGCAUUGAUGUGGAUGGUAGCAGUGAAGAUGGCAAGCCGUAUAAGAUUCCUCCAGACAAUCCUUUCAUUAGAGAACCUAAUGCAAAGCCUGAGGUCUUUGCCUACGGUGUGAGGAACAUGUGGAGGUGCUCUGUGGAUCGAGGGGAUCAAGUGACUCAGUAUGGAAGAGGGAGAAUAUUCUGUGGCGAUGUGGGCCAAAAUCGAUAUGAGGAGAUUGACAUAAUUGUGAAGGGAGGAAACUAUGGAUGGAGGGCCAAAGAAGGCUUUGAAUGUUUUGAUGUGAAAUUGUGCCAGAACUCUUCUCUAGAUGACAUUCUUCCAAUAUUUGCAUAUGGACACCAUGUUGGGAAAUCAGUAACUGGAGGUUAUGUGUAUAGAGGGUGUGAGUCACCCAACCUCAACGGUCUGUACAUUUUUGGGGAUUUCAUGAAAGGACGAUUAAUGGCUCUUGAAGAGGAUAAGGAAGCUGGGAGUUGGAAGGAAAAGAAUGUGUGCAUGGGUGACACCAAAACCUGCUCUUUUCCUGGCUUGAUAAAUCAGCACCACAAGUUCAUCAUCUCAUUUGCUGAAGAUGAAGCAGGAGAGCUUUAUUUUCUGGCAACCUCCUACCCAAGUACAAUGUCUCCUUUUGGCACUGUCUAUAAAUUUGUGGAUCCAUCUAGGAGGGCACCUCCAGGAAAAUGCAAAUUCAAGCCACUACCUGUAAAGGUCAUGGGAAAGAAAGUGCCAUUUGUACCCAGAGAAUUGACUGUACUUGGCAUAGAUGUGACUCCUACAAGACCACCACUGGAAAAGAUUAUAAUCCCAACUAAACCUUCAGGCACACGACAAUCCUCAAAAAACAAACCUGCGACAUCUGCACCAGAGAAAAAACAUAGAGCCAUAGAUGUAACUAAUACAAGACCACUAAUAGAAAAGAUUAUAAACCCAACUAAACCUUCAGGCACACGACAAUCCUCAAGAACCCAACCCGCAUCAUCUGCACCAGAGAAAAUACAUAGAGGCAUACAAGUAGAUUUUACUCCCACAAGACCACCACUAGAAAAGAUUCUAACCGCCACUGAACCACUAGACACACGUCAGUCCACAAGAACCAAACCCAUCACUUCUGUACCACAGAAAAAACAUCUGCGCCAAAAUUCAAGAGCAAAAUUGUACCAGAGAAAGACAAAGAAGACAACUCAGCCAAAAGAGAAGCAACGCAAUGCAAGGACAAAAGAAGUAAAGAAAGUUGCCUCUCACAGUAGGAAGUCAAAGUUGCAGAGCAAGCAAGAAAGUAAAGAUACUGGAAAGCUGUCUCACAAACUGUCUGUCAAAGGACCUCGGUCAGGACAGAAAACCACACCACCCAAACCAACAAAACCAGAGAAGGAGACAAAACAAUCUGUUUUGGUACAGAAAACUAAAAAGGCUGAAAAAGAUAUUAAGAAACCAAGCAGCAAACCUAAGGAGAACAACAAAUCUAAGGUGAACAUUAAACCAAAGGUCAACAAAAAUCCUAAAGUGAACAACAAACCUAAAGUGACUGUAUCUAGAAAGAUUCAAGACAACAGCAAAAAUAUAACAAAUAUCUAUCAGUCAAAAAAGAGAGAACUGUUUGAAUAA